ACAAAAUUAUUCAUACUUAUUACAUGUUUUUUUAUGUAAUAUUAUAUUAGUUAAAUUAUUGAAAAACGUACAUUUUCUUUACCAAUAAUGAAAGUUACUCCUAACAACGACGCUUUUGUUAAAACCCUAAAGUGGCUGAUGAUUUUUGCUGGAUUUUGGAAAUUACCUUUAUCAAAAAACCCAAUAUUGAACAAAAUAUACUUAAUUUAUUCAGACGGAAGCAAAGUGUACAUGUUUCUAUUCAUAAUUUUGCUGAUUAUGGAACUAUUCAGGCUGAUUAAAGACCAAGAAAGCUCCCAAGUGAUUAUAACAAGUUUCAGUCUUGUGGUUACCUGUAUUUUGAUAGCUGUUAAAACUUAUAUUAUCAUAAAAAGGAAUUUGGUUGAUCUGAUCCCAGAAAUCAUGGAAAAAGAAGAAGAAAUAUGGAACUGUGAUGACGAAGAAGUUAAGGGUAUUUUUAAAGGCAAGGUAUUUUUUUGUAAUGUUUUAUGCACAGGUUUAACUAUGGUUCAAGUUGUUUGUCUGGCAUCUAUGUCAUCUAUGGCUUUUACUGGCAAUCAGGAAUUGAUAGAAUACAACAGAGCUCAUAAUACGUCUAUAGAUACCUACUAUUGGUACCAAUUAUGGUUUCCUGGUACCAAAUUGGACCAUCUAGCCUGGGUGUACACUUUAAAUGGUUGUUUUGGAUGGGUGGCAUGUUCUAAUAGCAUGGUGUGUCAUUCUCUGUUGGCCACACUCAUGAUUUUUGCCACUACAAAAAUGGAGAUCUUGUGUGCUAUAUUGAGAAAGUGUGUCAAAGGAGAGGAUGAUGUGUUUUUGGACAGGAAUAUGGUAGAGUUGAAGAAAUGUGUGGUUGAGCAUCAGAAUAUUAUUGAAUAUGUAACAAGACUAAAUAAAAGUAUAAGCAUUAUUCUCUUGAUGCAUUUUCUUCUAAAUUCUUUUGAGAUUUCUUCUUGUGUCACGGCAUACCUUAAGGGCUCUGUACCCAUGCUUCAACAAAUAUUUUUAGCCUCCUAUGUUACUCUAACCCUCUAUCAAAUCCUGAUGGCCUCAUGGAAUGCAAACGAGAUUCAAUAUCAGAGCACUAGAAUUGCUGAUGCUUUUUAUGAAUGCAAUUGGCUUCUACUAAAUAAAGACGGCAAAACUAUAUGCCUGAUAUCAGCACAAAGGGCUCAAAAACCUUUAUCGGCCACCCUUGGUCCUUUUGGAGCUAUGACAAAUCAGUCAGGACUAUUGGUUAUAAAGGCUGCGUAUUCUUAUGUCAGCGUAAUGAAUACUGGACCAGUUUAAAAUCUAUAAAGAAUAAUUUAAAUCAAGAAAAAUCACUGUUCACGCUUUGUAUUCGUUUAAAAAUAAUUCAAAGAACACAAAAUAA